UGGCAACGGCAGCUGGGACAGUCAGAUUGCACCUAACAUCGAGAGAUUUUUAGAUGAAAAAUACAUAUAAUAAUAAAGACCGACAUUAGAGUAUUUGAUUUAGAAAAAUAUGCCGAGUCCAUCAGUGGUUCGAUUUGCUUCGAGAACCGUUCAACACUUACAGAAUCGCAGACGAAGCAAGCCGAUCCUGAAAGGAAUGAAGUACUUGUCCAUUUUGAAAAAAAGGAACAGAGAUCGUGGAAGGAAUAAUGGCGGUGGAAUGUCCAGGGAAGAACAAAAGAGAAGUGCCUGCAUUCGAGAAAGAAGUCGCAUGCAAGAGAUGAAUAAAGGAUUCGACAGAUUAAGAGAUGUUCUACCAACUACGAAACCUCCCGGAAAAAAACUAUCCAAAAUAGAAUGUCUCAGAUUAGCAAUUCGAUAUAUCGCUCAGCUUUCUCACGAAGUAAAUGCUCCAGCCUGCUCCAACGUAAAUAUGGACUAUAACAUGCAUUCUUCACAAAUAUGGGCUGCAGCACCCAAUUACUAUAACUGGAUCAAACAAGAUAUGGAUCAAGUGAAUUGCAAUCAUUCAAGUGGGCAGUCAUACAUGCGAAGAGAUUAUUUUUGGCAAUCAGAAGAUCAACAGCAAUCUUAUCUCUAUCCAGAAGUCUGAAGAAUUUGAAGAGAAACAUUUGUAUAUUUUCAUCAGUUUUUUAAGUUGAAGCAUAUGUUAACUGGUGUGACCGCAUCAGUAACUAAAUACAUUUCGAACACAAAACUUAAUUAUCUGAAAUCAAGUGGUAAAAACCUCAAGACCAAAGGUAAUCUUAUUUCUAACCAGAAGUAUAAAGAAUUUGAAGAGAAACAAUUGUAUUUUUUUAAUCAGUUUUUACAGUAUAAGAAUACCUAUGUUGACUGAUGUGACCGCAUCAGUAACUAAAUACAUUUCGAACACAAAACUUAAUUAUCUGAAAUCAAGUGUUAAAAACCUCAAGACCAACAGCAAUCUUAUUUUAUCCAGAGGUAUGAUGAAUUUGAAGAGAAAAAAUUGUAUUUUUUCAUCAGUUUUCAUACGGUGGAAAAUAUUUUAACUGAUGUGGUCAAUAACUAAAUACAUUUCGAACACAAAACUUAAUUAUUUGAAAUCAAGUGUUAAAAACCUCAAGACCAACAGCAAUCUUAUCUCUAUCCAGAAGUAUAAAGAAUUUGAAGAGAAACAAUUGUAUUUUGUUAAUCAGUUUUUACAGUGGAAGAAUACUUAUGUUGACUGAUGUGACCGCAUCUGUAACUAAAUACAUUUCGAACACAAAACUUAAUUAUCUGAAAUCAAGUGUUAAAAACCUCAAGACCAACAGCAAUCUUAUUUUAUCCAGAGGUAUGAAGAAUUUGAAGAGAAAAUUUUUUAUUUUUUCAUUAGUUUUUAUACGGUGGAAAAUAUUUUAACUGAUGUGGUCAAUAACUAAAUACAUUUCGAACACAGAACUUAAUUAUCUAAAAUCAAGUGGUGCAAAUUUUAAGUUGUUAUUUAGAUGAACAUUUAUGUUCUUAGAGUUGAUGUGCCACAUUUAUUUAAAAUUCAAGAGCUUACAGCGGAUCGUUCUACUCUCGCCAUUUUGUAAUCGUUGUGAAAAAAUUGAUAUAUAGGGUUACUAAUCAAAGGACUUCAUCAAACUCUUUUCAACUAGCAAUGUAGAGAAAUUUAUUAAAAAAUUUUCUGGGCAGCCAUUUUUGUGACAAAAUAUCCUCAUUAACUGUAAUAUUCUCUGAUAAGAUUUAUGUAAAACACCUUAGAGUGAUUUAAUUUCAGACUAGUUCAUCCUUUAGCAAUCAUUCUCACAAAUUUAGUCACGAGAAAAAAAAUACUAUAGAACUUUUUUUGUUUCCUGGAAAAAGAGAAGAAUUUAAUAAAAUUUUACUGAACUGUGAAUUUUCUAGAAAAACUGGAAAAAGUGUUCGCAUGCUGCAAAAUUAGUGAAUUUGGUGAAAUCAACUUUAGAAUUUAUUUAAAGACAGGGAAGAAGUUUAUAAAUAGCAUUAAUGUUUGAUUUUUCUAUUGAAAUCUUCUUUGCAGAUUUUUCACAAUGAAAUAAAGAUCUAUAUUUAUAUUUAGCAUA